CCGGGCUGUGUAAACUCCAAAGCCUCCCAGCUGCGCCGAACCACUCUGUUGGUCGGUAUCAGAGAGAGUGGCCCGAUAACGUUAACUGUUCCUCUCUCCAUUUAUUCUGCCUGAUGACCCGAUCUACAAUGGGCCGUAAUUCAACCCACUCGAAUAAACAACUAACACCCCAGCAUGAUCGUUCUCCGCCCAUUCCGUCAGUAAACGAGCGCUUGGCUUUUCUCCGUCCUUCCCGGGAGCUGUUGGAGUACUACCGUAAAAAGAUUGCACAGUUCGACGAGGAGCAUGAAAAUCUUAUGGGAAAACUGGAGAAGUACAAGGCCACUUAUGAAGAGCAGCACAAACUCCACUGGGAGAUUCGACAGAGGGAAGAAGAGAUCGAGGAGCUACAAAAAGCACUCAGUGAUAUGCAGGUUUACCUCUUUCAGGAGCGUGAGCAUGCACUGCGUCUUUAUGCUGAAAAUGAUCGGCUAAAAAUUAGGGAGCUAGAAGAUCGGAAGAAGAUACAACAUCUCUUAACUCUGGUGGGUUCUGAAGAAGAAGCACUCACUUAUUUUCACAAAGAGCCUCCACACAAGGUUAUUGUCCCCCAGUGUACAAAGAAGCAUGGGCGCACAGACGUUAAAUCUUCAAAAGAUGGUCAUAAACGAACAAGAUCUAAAGUUACCACUACAAUUAGUCCUACUAUCCCAGAAAAUUACCAACGUGAUAAUCAGACUUUACUACUACAGGUUGAAGCCUUGCAGUCCCAGUUGCAAGAACAGACACAGCUAGCAAAAGAGCAAAUUGAUGCACUGCUGGAAGAUCGACGAAUUCGUGUGGAAGAGGCACAAGUGCAACAUGAACGGGAUAAAGAAAAAAUAAGAACUCUGGCAGAAAAAUUGCAAAAGACUCAAAAUCUCCUUUACGAGAGUACCAGAGAUUACCUACAACUAAAGUUUGAGGGGCGAGACAUUGAAAAGGUCUGGAUGGCUGAGAAGGAUCACCUGCUACAGGAGCUGGACAGAUACAGCAGGCAAAGAAACCGAUGCUGUGAAAAUGAGACACAGUUGCUUCAGGAGUCACCAAUGGAACUUGAGAUACAACGGGUACAAAGUGAAGAGAUAAAGUCACUGGAGGAGCAGUUAAACCAGGCACAUCGAUUGGCUGAUAUGUACAGGGAGCAGUGUGUGACACUUGAAGACAAUCUGGCAUGCAUUCGAGAAGAAGGAGACAUAGGCCAGCAGCUGUUUAAGGAGCGCUCUGAUAAAACAGUGAAGCGGCUUCAGUUAAUGACACAGCGGUAUGAGGCACUGGAAAAGCGACGAGCUAUGGAAGUCGAAGGCUUUAAAAAUGAUAUAAAGCUGCUGCGGCAGAGGUUAAAAGAUGUGGAGAAGCAGCUGUUCAAGGUAACGCUUGGAAUUGGCCCCGACCAGGAUCUUGCUAUACUGCAUGAAGUGCGCCAAUCGAAUAGCCAGUCAAAGAUGAUCCAAGGAGAGCUCAAGAAGUUAAAGGCAAAGAUUUAUGGCUUAGAAAAUCAGCUGCGAUUUGGCUAACACAUUUCAUGGACACGACUUACCUUUAGUAAAGCUGUAUCAACAACGCCAAGAUACCAAGCACGGGAAUACCUGGAUGGUGCAUAACAAUUAUUGAGUGGGAGCUAGACCAAACCAAGCAAAAUAAUGUACUUGUCCUAACUGAACAAGGAGGCAGACAGGAAUAAGAAGGCAGACAGACCAAAUCAGUGUUUUUUCAUUUUAAUUUUUCAAAUCCUUACUCAUGUUCACUUUAGUGGGAUUUAAUUUUUGAUUUAACAGUAAAGAGCUUUUAAGGGAAAGGAGCAGCUUUCUGUAAUAUUCUGUUCAGACUGACUCCAUGAGGAUAUUUUGGCUUUCUCGUGCAUGAAUUCUGCAGAUGCUGUACAGUUGAAGUUGUUCUGUCUGUCACUGUGCCACUAACUGGGUAAAUAUAUCACAAUAGGAACUGCUCACACUCCAGCCAACAGUUUAAUUUCUUUGAGUGAUUUGAUACUUUCUUGAAUCCUUAAAUGAUAUCCAAGAAACUUUUUGCCUGAGGCAUUAACCUAAUACUGGCUGCAGUUUUAUUGACCAGAUAAGCAAUCAUCAAUACUAGUCAACUGUCAUAGUUCCACUGUUCAAUAAAUGAUUUACCAGGAUAACAUAGGUUGAAUAGCUGGCGUGCAUUUCUUUUCUUCCACUUCUCGUAGUUCCUACCUGUACAAUAUCCAAAGCAGAUCACUGGAGCAUUAGGUGUUGGAUUCCCUCUGUUCUGUAGAGCUCCUCUUCAUUCUUGUAUCCAUUUAUUAAAUUUUUACUAUUUUGUCUUCUCAGCCUGAAUGGCAGUUUUAGUACCUUUUCUCCAAAUGAUCCUGAUUUUAAUUGACCCUUGCUCUUGACCUCUCUACCCUGAUUUAGAGGGCAUUGCUAUGACCCAAUUGCAGAAACUCUUGCAGUAGCAAAAGCAACACUAGCCAUCUGUUGAUUGGAAUCCAAUAAAUGUAGCCCUUUGUCCCAAAUCUCCACUUGGACCAUCAUAUUCCCUUGUACAUUCGACCAACUACUCCAGAAUGGUCAUGUUGCACUUGCUGUGUCCCAAUAUUGAACAAGCAUGUAUAGGUUGAUCACUGCAUAUAGAAUUGGUUCCUCAGUUUUCAGACCAUUUACAUCAAAUGGCUGCCAGGUGUGUAACACCACAGCAGCUAUUUAUUUCAUCUUUGCUUACACAAGAGAACUUGGAUCUCUUAUGCCAGACUGAAAUGCCAGGGAAUGAAAAUACCUCUAUCCAGCUUCUUAUUAGCAAACUUACAGUUGCUGGAGGACAAGACCUGAGGACGAAUUUGCUGUAUCGGAGGGAAAUGAGGAAUUGCUGUGAUCCGUGUUUCAUGGAAACGUGGCUCACUCCAGAUACGAUAUGUCAGUAAGAACUGAAGGCUUCUUGCUGCAAGAUGGACCGGACUGCUGAUUCGGAGAUGGGGUCUAUGUUUCAUGGUCGUGCUGCUCAGACAUAGCAAUCUUAUUACACUUCUGUUCCCCCGACGCGGAACAUCUAACAAUUACGUGCCAGCUGCUUUACUUGCUAAGAGAGUUCACCUCUGUGAUCCUAACCACAGUUUAUGCACCUCCAAAAGCUGAUGUUAAUCAGGCACUCAGGAUACUGAAUGCUGCCAUCGCCAAACAAGAAACAGCACACCUCAACAUAUUUCAAAUCAUAGGGUCUUCAAUCAGGCUUGUUUGAAGAAAUCUGCCCGAUUAUCAUCAGGAUAUAGUCUGCAGCACCAGAGGUUACAGCACACUUGACCACUGCUAUAAUGUGAUUAGGAAUACCUGUCGUUCCAUACCUUAAUCACGCAAUGUGAUCAUUUGGCUUCCCUUCUACCUGCAUACAGGCAGAGGCUUAAGAGCAAAGCUUCGGAGCUAAAGAACAACAAAAGAGGUGCUCACUGGAGGCAAAGUAGCAGCUAUGGAAUUGCUUCAAGUUGGUGGACUGGGCUGUCUUCAAGGACUCAUCAGAGGAACUGUAUGAAUGCACCAUGGUUAUCCCGGACAUUUAUGAAAAGUCAUAGAUGAGUAUGUCCCCACAAAAUCAUUCAGUCUUUCCCAACCACAAGUCCUUGAUGAAACAUGAGAGGGCCAAAUCAUGGCAUUCAGGUCAGAUGACCAAGUAAGAUACAAGAGGUCCAGAUACGAUCCCUGGAAAGCCAUCUCGCGUACAAAGUGCCAAUUCCAGACCAAACUUGAAUCACUGAAGAAUGCUCACCAACUGAGAGGGCUUGAAUGCUCUUACCUCUUACAAAGUGAAACCAAGCAACAUAGGUGAUACAAGGUUUCACUCCCAGAUGUGCUCAAUGUCUUUUAUGCUCGCUAUGACCUUCAAAACAUGGAGGGACCAUCAUGAACUCCCCGCAGCUCUCAAUGAUCCUGUGAUUUCAGUUUCGGAGAUCGACGUGUGAGCAUCCUUCAUGAGGGUGAACCCCUGAAAAGCGU